AUGGCUAGGAGAAUAUCUGAGGAGGAUAACAGGGCACUACUCAAGGAGUUUACAGCCACAGAAGUUAGGGAGGCAGUGUUCAGUAUGAAAGCCGAAAAAUCUCCGGGUCCGGAUGGUUUUAACCCAGGUACAAACUGUUUCCCAAUUGGCUUCAAUGAUGCAAAUAUCACCUUGAUUCCUAAAGUUAACUUUCUUGAAACUGUUGGAGAUCUUCGUCCUAUUGCACUAUGUAAUGUUAUCACAGAUAAUAUCCUUAUUGCAUCUGAAGUUCUCCAUUAUAUGAACCAUAAGAAAUCUGGUAAAGUCGGUUGGGCUGCAUUGAAGUUAGACAUGGCGAAAGCCUACGAUAGGUUGGAAUGGAACUUUCUUGAGAUGAUUAUGCUUAAGUUGGGGUUUGAUGUUCAGUGGAUUCAAUUAAUAAUGACGUGCGUUACUACUGUUCGCUAUAGAAUUGUUGUUAAUGGCAAACUUACCAAGCUCAUUGUCCCAUCCCGAGGCAUUAGACAAGGAGAUCCCCUCUCUCCAUAUCUCUUUAUUCUUUGUGCUGAAGGCUUAUCAUAUCUUCUUCAGAAUCAGGAAAUUCAAGGAAACAUCCAUGGUUGCAAGGUUGCGAGAGGUGCCCCCAGUAUUUCUCACAUCUUUUUUGCCGAUGACAGUCUUCUGUUUUUCAGGGCCGAAGUCAGGGAGUCUGAGGCUAUUAAGAAUUGUCUAAAUACUUAUGAAGCUACAUCCGGGCAAGCAGUGAAUCUAAACAAAUCAUGUAUCUGUUUUAGUCGAAACACUCAGGAUCUGAUCAAGGAGUCCAUCACAGGAUGUAUUGGAAUUGUAAAUGUUGUUGGUCUGGGCAAAUAUUUGGGUUUACCUCUUGGCAUUGGCCGCAAUAAACAAGGGAUUUUCUCAUAUAUCGAGGCCAAGAUCAAACAAAGGAUUUCAGGGUGGAACAAAAGAAUUCUCUCUAGAGCAGGUAAAGAGGUCUUACUGAAAAGCAUUGCUCAAGCCAUGCCUACAUUCACAAUGAGCAUCUAUCUCCUUCCCAAAACACUUUGUUCCAAUCUGGAAAACACUCUUAACAAAUUCUGGUGGCAAAACAAAGAGAGUGAUAUUCACUGGCUUUCGUGGGAGAAAAUGUGCAGCCCUAAAUCAUCUGAGGGCUUGGGAUUUAAAAGACGGCACAUCUUUAACAUAGCUCUCCUAGUGAAACAGGGGUGGAGGCUUAUAACCAACCCGGAUUCCCUUGUCUCCAAGAUAUUCAAAGCCCGUUAUUUUCCCCAAGGAAACUUCUUACAAGCUGUGAUUGGAUCCAAUCCUAGCUACUGCUGGCGUUCCAUUUUAGCUGCCCAAGAUAUCCUAAUUAGAGGAUGCGGUAUUCGUAUCGGGGAUGGUAAAUCCACUAAUAUUUUUAAUCAUCCUUGGCUGCCCGAUACUACUAACCCUUUUGUUACCACGAAUUUUGCAGAUUCACAGGUUUUUGACAGAGUCGCGGAACUCAUUGAUCCUGCCACAAGUGACUGGAACAUUCAGCUAAUUAAUGAGUACUUCAAUUCUCGGGAUGUGAGACUUAUAAGCCAAAUACCUGUGUCUAUGAAUCACUCCGAUCAAUGGUUUUGGAUGAAGGAUUUAAAGGGAUUAUACUCAGUGCGCAAUGGGUAUAGAGAGCUGUAUGGAGAAGCUAUGCAACCUGACAGCUGCAAUUUCAAGUCAUGGAACCAGUUAUGGAGGCUCAAAAUUCCCCCAAAAAUUAAGAAUUUCAUUUGGCGGUGCGCUCGUAACAUUCUACCUGUUAAAACAGUCCUCCGCAAAGAAGAGUCGAAAUUCCCCCUAAUUGUCCCCUUUGUCACAAAGAAGUGGAGUCCAAGGUCACAUUUAUUUCUGGAUUGUGAGUUUUCUAAGCUAGUAUGGGACAAUACUAUACUUCCUUUACAUAUUCUUGAGGCUAGUUUUGAAAGUUGGCUUUCACAAGUUGUUGAUUUAGAUGAUGAAAAUAAAAGCAGGAGUAUUAUUGCUAUUUUAUGGACUGUUUGGAAGAACAGGAAUGAAUAUGUUUGGAACAACAAACAGUGGAAUACUGUUCAAAGAACUCAGGGCAUUGAUGCAAGUUGGGUCUAUUGUGAAGUUGAUGCAUCGGUCAUAGAAAAUUCUGCCUCUUUCGGCGCUGUAAUUCGCACUCAUUCUGGUUUGUUCCUCGCUGCUAUCUCCGGCCCUUUGAGACUGGUCAAUGAAGCUCGUUUAGCCGAAGCUCUUGCCAUCAAGGAGGCUCUUUCUUGGCUAAAGAGUAAACAGUGGCAGAAAAUAUGCAUCCUAACCGACUGCCAGCAAGCUUUUAGCAUUAGCUAUAUCAAUAGAUCAGGGAAUGUGUGUGCUCACACUUUAGCCCGGGUUGCACCAAUGGAGCACAAGCGACCGGCUGGCACUGCCGCGUGGUCCGGCGUGAGAGGCGGUCAUACGGUGGCGGAAGGCGAGGUCAUGAUCCAGAAAGGCCUACAGGAUCCAAAAGUUAAGUUUCUGAGGGAGCAAUUGGAGAAAGUCGACUGCAAAAUUAUUGAUAAUUUCUUCAAAUCAGUCCGCUGCAAUACGCUGAUGUCUGGCUUUUUCUGUCCAAAGAGCAACGAUUCAACUCUCCUGACUGAGGUGAAUAGGAAGAAUUGGAAACCAGUUGUGGUCUCAAGAGGUGGUACUGGUGUCUCCCGUUUAUUUUUUGCUGAUGACUUAAUGCUUUUUGCGAAGGCCUCGGAAGCUCAGGGUCAAGUCAUUAUGGACUGUUUGGACACUUUCUCGAAGCAGUCAGGGGUCAAAAGAGAUUUGAAGAGAACUAUGGGAAUCCUGGUCUCGGAAAACUUGGGGAACUAUCUUGGCGUCCCUAUUCUCCAACAACGGGUUACCAAACAAACCUUUACGUAUAUCCUGGAGGGCAUGAAAAAGAAACUGGCAAACUGGAAGGCGGAGACUCUUUCCCUUGCGGGGCGCAAAGUCCUUAUUCAAUCAGUGCUGGCUACUCUGCCUGUCUACUCCAUGCAGGCCUUCAAACUCCCGGUGGGGAUUAGUUAG